UAGUUAGUGCGUUGCCUGAUAGCCACCAGUGCUACGUUGUAUUUACCUUAUGGAAACUAGCUAGCUAUAGUUAAAAUACUAUUAUACAACAAAAGCAUCAUUUUAGCCAUUGUUAGUGCGACGAGUGGCUGACAGAAAGUACUUUAGCUUGCUUGCUAAUGUUUACUUAUGUUAAUAUAGCGUUUGAGGGAUCUAGCAAGCUCGGUUCUUGCUAGCUGCAGGUUCAUACACAGAGCGAAUAAAUAUGCCUAGGAGGAAACUAACCACAAGUGUCUAUGAAAAACGUAGAAAAGUUCGUCGAACAGAUAAUGACGAAGACGCUGUUGUUAUCACCGAUUCUGAAAACGAAGAGGAAGAAGACAAUGCUUUUAAAGUGUCAUCCAGAGAAUCCCGAUCGGAGGAGAGAAAAAGGAGAGCACAGAUAAAAGACAUGACAGAGGAAGAGAUGCUGGACUUGGCUAUGAGAAUCAGUAAGCAAGAAGCCACAAGUGCUACUCAGAGAGAGGAACUGGAAGAUGCCGACAUUAAAAAAGCCAUUGCAGAAAGUCUUCAUGCCAGUCAUGACCAAGCUCCAGAAACAAACAGCUCUAAGGUAAAGCCUCAUCAGGACCCAGACACCGUGCCAGCCCACUUGAGACGCAAGCUGUCUUUCACUAGCAAGAUUGGGAAGCACUGCAGGAGUGCUGAUGAAGAUACCAAUAGAGCAGUGAGUGGUGUGGAACACAUUCGGGAGGAGAGUCCGCUGCCACCAAUGCCUGAUCUGUCACCUCCAAGUUCGGCUGUACCUUCUGCAGCUUCUCAAGAAUCUGAUUGCCACACAGAUCUAAAUCAAAAGGAGUAUAAUACAGACUCUCCAGACGAUGAGCCUGUAGAGAGCAGCUCUCAGCUCCUGAGUUCUCCUGUUUUUCACAGAAAGAGACUAAACCGGGACCUGCCAAGCACCAGCAAAGCCUUACGGACUCUCCCAUGUACCUCUGAGAGUUCUCUCAGUUUAACCUGUCCCGAUCAAUCCCAGUUUACUCAGCAGCAGAGCACAUCUUCUCCCAAAAGCCCUGUUUUUGCUAGGACUGACCCGAAAGAAAGGUCUAGAUUAAGGGACACAGCCAGCCACUGCACUGCUUCAAACAGCUUUACAGACAAUGUUUGCAAACCUGAGGACACAUGCAAAGGAUCUUCAAGCCAUAAAAGCUUAUGCCGUGUGGUCAGAGAUUCUGGCAAACGACUUUCACUCAGUGGAAAAGCUCUGCCAUUAGCCGAUGAUUCAGCACCUGAAGAUUUGGAUGUGAAACAGGAGUCUGACGAGCCAAAACAUAAAAAGCAUGAUUCCACUUGGGAAACCAACCUGACCAACACAUCUGAGAGAGAAGACAGCAAAUCGAUGAACGAGUUCACCAGUCACAUGGUCCUACAUUUGUCUGAUGAGGAUAAAGAUGGUGACGCAGAGAAUGAACUGAUUGUUUCGCCAAGUCCUGUCUUCCCCCAGCAGUGUGUUUCACGCACAGGCCAGCCAAAACUCUCUCCAACUCAACCCUGCUCCCCAUCCACAGACUUCGACAUCACUGACACACCAAGCCACACCACACAAGACUCAGUUAAAAAGAAAGGGACCCCCAAACCCUCUCAGCAAACUGACCAACCAGAAGCUUCGGUUGCGGAAACCGUUGCCUGCGGCUCUAGACUUGCAUCAUCAGUGGCGGGAAAAGGAGAAGGUCUCGUAUCCUAUUACUGGGGUGUUCCAUUCUGCCCCAAAGGACAAAGCCCAGACGAAUACACGCAGGUCAUCCUCACCCAACUGGAGGUGUAUGAGAAGAGCCUGAAAGAGGCCCGGCGCCAGCUGCUGCGCAAGGCUGAAUGGGGUCUUCCAGUGUCCCCAUGCCCAGCAGAACGAUCAUUUGGUAGGAGAUUAAAGCGCCACAGAGCUCCUCAGCUUUUAGAGGAGGAGGAAGAAGAACGAAACGAAGGGAAAAAAGAGAAAAGGAAAGCAGUAGAAUGUGAUGGAAUGGAAGGGAUGAGGACUUCCACAGAGGAACUUGAAAAUGCUCAGAGUGAGACAUAUGUGGUUGUUUCAUCUCCUGAAGCACAUGAAGAAAAUGUGCAAAAAUCACCUUCGCUGUUUGUCCAGCAGGAGUCUCGGAACACUGUUAAACAUUCCAGAAAGUCUAGUCCUAAAGAUGCUUCUGAUGACACUCCGAUCCAGCAGUCUGAUGAGCACACGUAUGACGUUCACAACGGAAGUUUCGAUGUGGAGAACACAGUGUGUCCAGAAACACAGAUGACUGAAGACAACACACCAGAGCUGAUGGUGACCAGUCCAACACAGCCACAGUCUCGGACAGAAAGUAAGGUGAUGGAGGUGGAUGAAAGAGAGGAGCGACCUGCUGAAGCUGAGGAAAUAAUGGAGCAGGAGGAGCACAUGAGUGAGUCUGAACCUCCUCAAGGCCAAUCAGAGAUGGAGUGUCCCAUCUGCUCCUGCCUUUUUCCUCUCAGUAAGAUUGAGAUGCACGCUGCCUACUGUGAUGGGACAGUGAAUGUACAGGACCAGGAGGAAAGCAAUUCACAAGCAACAGUUCGACGGACAAGGAAAAUACAUUUAGCAAUGAAAGAGGUUUCAAGUUCUGAGAAAUUAGAGCAGCAAGAGAAAUGCUAUUUGUGUCAAAAAAUGUGCUCAAGUAAGGAGUACGACCAGCAUGUGGACCAGUGCCUUAAGAAAAAAGACGUCAAAGCCAAUCAGGGAAAUGGCUUGUUAUCUGCCCUGAAUCGGACAGAAGAGAGACAUCUAGAUGAUGAUGAUGCAGCAGGACCAUCCAAUACUGCACCUAGAAACAGUCGUGGCCUUGCAGGUCGUUCAGUGGUAGAUGAAACCAGUGAAAGCACAGACUCUCAAGCUUCAGGUUUUAAGAUCAGCUCCUCUCCUAUCAAAUCCUUCACACCCAUCUCUGAAGUUACAGACUGUCUCAUAGACUUCAGUAAGCAGUACUCAGCCAGGAACGACCAGAGAGCCGAAAGAAAGAGGAAAUUUAAGAGAUAGCAUGAGCACCUAUUACUACCUUUUUAUACCAAGGCUGAUUUGUAUGGACACAUCUCAUUUUUAUAAUUUCUAAAUAAGACUGUGAUUAAAUAAUUCUGUAAUGUUAUUUAAGGUGCUUUGUUUUAUAUUUUGUAAUAUGUUAUUCUAUAAAAUGUUCUAUAUGCAGAAAAUGUCGAGUUGAAAUUUCGUUAUAAUUGA